UUUGUUUCAUAUGGAAAUUAAUUUGGCAGAUUGAAAGGUGUUGUUCACAAUUGUAGGAGAUUGAAAUCAGAAAUCGUACAUUGACAUGAGUUGUCGUUGCUUCGGUUCCUGCCGAGUAAAAAGAAAAAACGCUCAUGCUCAUGCCCAUGCUCAUCAAGAUGCAAAUGCAGUGUCUUUGGGACGGAAUAUUAAAAUCUUCUCUUUCAAUGAAUUGAGAUCUGCGACAAACAGUUUUCAUGUAAGCAGUAGGCUUGGUCGAGGAGGUUUUGGAACAGUUUACAAGGGAAUCCUUACGGAUGGAACACAAGUUGCUGUGAAGACACUUUCUGCAGGAUCAAGACAAGGGGUGAAUGAAUUUUUGACUGAGAUCCAAACUGUCACGAAUGUUAAGCAUCCUAACCUAGUUGAGUUACUUGGCUGCUGCAUUCAAGAAAAUAACCGGAUUUUGGUCUAUGAAUAUGUUGAAAAUAACAGCCUUGAUCGAGCAUUAUUUGGGUCUAUGAGUAAAACCAUUAAGCUGGACUGGAGCAGAAGAUCUGCCAUUUGCAUUGGUACUGCCAGAGGUCUGGCAUUCCUCCAUGAAGAGCUGGAGCCACAUAUUGUGCAUAGAGACAUCAAAGCUAGUAAUAUACUUCUUGACAAGGACUUUGUCCCAAAAAUUGGAGACUUUGGGAUGGCUAAACUUUUCCCAGAAAAUAUUACUCAUAUUAGCACACGAAUAGCAGGAACAACUGGUUAUUUGGCACCAGAGUAUGCAAGGCAUGGUCAGUUAACCAAGAAAGCUGAUGUAUAUAGCUUUGGGGUCGUCGUGCUUGAAAUUAUAAGUGGUAGAAGCAGUGCAAAGGCAAAAAGGGGAGAAACGCAGAAAUUUCUUCUCGAAUGGAUCUGGGAACUCUAUGAGGGAGGACAAUUAUUGGAGCUAGUUGAUCCAGGGGUUGGAGAAUACUCUGAGGAAGAAGUCCUUAGGUACAUCAAGGUAGCCCUUUUUUGCACCCAAGCAGCAGCUAGCAGAAGGCCUACAAUGACGCAAGUUGUUGAUAUGCUCUCUAGAUCCAUCCGGCUCAAUGAGAAGGAACUGACUCCCCCAGGUUUCUUUCGCGAAUCAGGAGGGCUCAGUGGCUACCUGCCUUCUUCAUCAAAUAAAGAAUCAAUUGACUCUACUACUACUACUACCCGACUGGACAGCUCUCCUUCCAGCAUCACUGAGGUGGAUCCUAGAUGAUUGAGUUAUCGCCUUAAACCGGCGCAAAAUAUUUUUGGAGAACAUAUUUUUUCUAUAUAUAUAUAU